AUGUCGGCCUCUCUCGUGCCCGCAACGGGCUAUUCUGAACCCGCAAAGGACCUGCUCGCCACAAAACUUCAGCAGAUCAGCGUUCAGAGCAAGCACCAUUCUCCAUCGCCGCACUCUGCAUCUACCCAAGCCAAAGACGCCACCUCUGCACCCGCACCGCCCUCUUCGUCCUCCUCGCCGACCCCCUCGACAUCCCAUCCCAGCUCCACGCACGGUAUCGCCACCGUCUCGCUGCACGACGCAUCCUUCGUCGUACCCACGAAACGCAUCGUCUCCCAGGCGUCGCUCGAGCGCUUCAAGAACUCGUCCACCUUUGCAGAGAUCCUCAGCUUCAUCGAGUCGUGCAACUCGUCCGUCGUCGGCAAGACACUCGAGGACCAGCUGCACACGUCGCAAGCCACCUCGGCCGUCCUCGAGAUCCUCGCACAGGUCCGCCGCCUGUUGCAGCAGACGCCGGCCGACCACUCCAGCUCGUCUUCCCGCUUCGGCAACCCGGCCUUCAGAACCUUUUACGCCAAGAUCAAGAGUGAAAACGACCGCCUCCACCGCCUCAUCCCCGAGCUUAGUGACGACGCGGCACGCGCGGCCCGCGAUGAGCUGGGCUUCUACUUCCAGGAGAGUUGGGGCAACGAGAAGCGCAUCGACUACGGAAGCGGCAUGGAGCUCAACUUCGCCUGCUGGCUGUUGUGCCUCUGCAAGCUGCAGGUCUUUGACUUGACCUCGGACGGCCCGGCCAUCGUCCUUAAGGUCUUCUGGACGUACAUCCAGGUGAUGCGCGAGGUUCAGUCGACCUACUGGCUCGAGCCCGCGGGCAGCCACGGCGUUUGGGGCCUCGACGACUACCACUUCCUGCCCUUUUUGUGGGGAGCGGGCCAGCUGAGCAACCACAAAUACCUUCGACCCAAGUCGAUUCACGAUGCUGAGGUGACGGACGAGUUCGCGAGCAAGUUUAUGUAUCUGGCGUGCAUCCAAUUCAUCAACUCGGUCAAGACCGAGUCGCUACGGUGGCACUCGCCCAUGCUCGACGACAUCUCGAGCGUCAAGACGUGGUCCAAGGUCAACGAAGGCAUGAUCAAGAUGUAUCGCGCAGAAGUGCUGCUGAAGCUGCCUAUCGCGCAGCACAUCUUUUUCGGGUCGCUGCUGAGCUAUCCCAGGGCCGGCCAGGGUGAAGAGGACGACGAAGCGGCCGAGGAGGACGAGCACGGACACAUCCACGCCGUCGGGCAACCAAAGGGCCAUGCGCACGGAGCGGGCGAGGGGCAGGCGGCCGGCUGGGGAGAUUGCUGCGGCAUCCCCAUCCCAAGUGUGUUUGCAGCGGCCGAGGAGGACAAGAAGAAGCGGCAGGCCGGCAGCGCAGUGGUCCAAGGCCAGAAGCCAUUUGGCUCAAAUGUACGCAGGAUCCCGUUUGACUGA